AUGGCUCAGAAACCAAUCGGCACCGCCGCCGCAGAGCGCAUGAACCUUGUGGCCCAGGAUGAGAUCUGGAGAUAUCGCCUCAGGGCCGAAUAUGAAGCCCAGGAAAAGUGGCCGGCCAAGUGGGGAUAUUUGGCAACCCCCAUGGAAAAGCUGCUUGAGGAUGAAGAGCCACACACCCCAAAGGCCAAGAUCGACCUGCCCGGCCACUUCCGUGUCCGGCCAGUGAGCCCCAUGGACAAAUACAUCAAGACUCUUCCAUCACCCCCAGUCCCAAAGACCACCCAAGGCUUCAUCGGAUGGCGUUCCUCGGUGCCGGGCCUGAACAAGAACUUGGAGCAUGACUGGGAGAUCCGCAGCUGCAAAGGAGUCUACGCCCGGGAGCUGCACUGGCCUAAACAAGGCGUGUACUGA